UGCUUAGAAACUGUUGUCAAACAUUACACCAAUGAUCACAAAAUAUACACAUAACCACAUGUAUACACACAUAAACACACAUUUUUCAGCACUCAGUAUUCUUUAGAGGACAACAUUUAAGCUAAAACAUGCAGAAAAAGGAAGACAAGGAGAAAACCCCUAGCGGGGCACAAUUUAAUAAAAUGAUGAAAAUCCCUCCUGACAUGGGUUCAACAGAUAGUCGGUUAUAUUCUAAUGUUAAAAUGUCUCCAAGUGUACUGAAAAUGCUCAGUAGAGUGAAAGACGAUUCGGAAAUGAGAGAGGAACUUUUGAAAGAUUAUGAUAGAUUUACUUUUAUGAAACAAGGCCGUACAAAAGUUUCUUCGUAUUCGACACCGCUGACGAUUAACCAAAUCCAACUUGAUGCCCUGCAAAAUAAAGCUGUUGAUCUACAACCGAAGGAAAGGCUAAAGGCACAAAUUUUGAGUCAGCGAGGCCGAGAAUUUUAUAUGAGGGAUGCUUGUCAAAAGGACCAGGAAAUGUAUCAGUCAGGCAUUGCUUUCAAAACAGAAGAUAUCCCUGAGGAACUUCAAGUUCAUGAGGCUGAAUGCGCUUUAAAACUUUUGGACAAAAAGUUCAUGAUUUUUGAACAGUUUCCUGAGAUUAAAGAUUUUAACAAACAAGCGGCCGCUUGUCAGGUUCAGGCGAUACAAGGAUUACAAAUAAAACAAAAUAUUGCUCUGAAAAAACUGCCAUGUAUAGCUGAUAAAGGUAAAUGUUACAUAAGUGAUCUAAAAGAGGAUGAUGCUGAUAUUGUCAAAGAACGUCAUGCUAGACAAGAAAAGGCUGAGAAAAAACUUAACCUGCUUCUACUACUUAAAAAUCAAAUAGCAGAGGGCGAUCUCUUGAAAAAAAUUGCAUGGGAAGAUAAACAAGCUGAAGCUGCUCGUAGUACAAAAAUGGAUUUUGAAACAGCCAUGCUUGAGAUGGAAUAUAAGAAAGAGGUAGAUAAGGAGAAGGAAUUGUUUAGAAGAGAUUUGAAGAACAUGAUUCAAUACAAUGAGGACGCCAUCAGAUACAGAGCCAAAGAACGAAGACUCCUUCUGAAGAGGGAAAAUGAUUUUGUAAAACAGAAGGAUAAAUUCAACUUGAGAUGCCAGAAUACAACCAAGGACAAACAAAUGGAGCAAGACUUGCACAAUGAGAAAGUGUAUGCUCUUACAAAACAAAUUAUGGACUCGAAAGCCCUUAAAGACGCUCAAUACCAGGAGUGGCUAAUAUGGGAUACUGAGAAAAAACUGAAGAAACUCGAGUAUAGUAAGACGUGUAAAGAGUAUGUGAUGGCAAUUCGAAAUGCGAUCCUCUCCGAAAGAGAUUUCCUCACAAAAUUCAAGGAAGAACAAACUAAAGAAGAAAAGCGUCUCGAAAUGGAGGAACUUGCAAAUAUCCAAAAAUGGCUGGAUUAUAGUGAAAAACUGCAAUCUGCUGAGCCUUUAAAACGCCAAAUUCUGAUGGACAAAGUUAGGUACAUUGUACUUGAUCAAAUUAACGAAAAUGAGAAAAACAAGUUAAUUGCAAGGGAGAACAAGUUCCAAGAAGGGACUAUGCUUAAAAAUUACCAGAAAGCCUAUGAUGAUCUGGUCCGUAAUAGACAACGGCAGAAACUUUCUGAAUAUAAGGCAAAAGGAUUACCAAAAACAUAUGUUAGUCAUCUCAAAAGGAAAUUCAACCUUUAAAAGCAGUAUAUAUGACAAAUAACAGUAUAUAUGUUUUGUAAAUAUUUCGGACACUAUCCAGUUAAAAACAAAAAAAAAAAUACAGAACACACAAAUACAUGGGAACUUAUAAAAAUGCAGUUUUUCA